UGUCAGACCUCCUCACACUUUGCGACUCCCUAGCUCUCCACAUCAAGCAAGAAUUCUGCAUUACCUCGCCCUCAACAAUGGCCACGCACAACCCAGCACCCCCAAUUCCCAAGACCAUGAGCGGAGUCAUUCUCACCGGCCACGGAGGGCCCGAAAAGCUCGAGUACAGAACCGAUCUCCCCGUACCUGAGCUCUCGCCCACAGAAGCCCUCAUCCGUGUCGCCGCCGCAGGCAUCAACAACACCGACAUCAACACCCGCAUUGGGUGGUACUCGAAAGGCGUGAAAACCGGCACGUCGUCAGAAGCUACCAGUGCGUCGGGAGACAGAACAGACGACGACUCAUCCUGGUCCGGCAAAGCGCUUCAGUUUCCGAGGAUUCAGGGUGCAGACUGCUGCGGGUACAUCGUCGCCGUCGGCUCCUCCGUAUCUUCUUCCCGCAUCGGAGAGAGAGUGCUCGUACGCAACAUGCUUACCACCUACGUCAACAAGCGGCCGUUCGACUGCUGGACCUUCGGCUCCGAAUGCGACGGCGCAUUCGCACAAUACACCAAAGCGCCCGCUGCCGAAACCUUCGCUGUGAACUGUCCCUGGACCGACGUCGAGCUCGGCAGUGUACCGUGCGCGUACUCCACAGCCGAGAACAUGAUCCACCGCUCGCGCGUCACGUCCGGGGAGACUGUGCUCAUCACAGGCGCGAGCGGCGGUGUAGGCGCAGCUGCAAUUCAACUGUGCAAGCGGCGCGGCGCAAAAGUCAUCGCCGUCGCAGGCGCGGACAAGAAGAGCAAGAUGCAGGAGCUCGGCGCUGAUCGCGUGAUUUCACGAGACUCAAGCAUCGUCGCCGCGCUGGGGAAGAUGAGUGUCGAAGUCGUUCUCGACGUUGUCGCCGGGCCCUCGUUCCCGGAACUCCUCGAAGUGCUCAAGAAAGGCGGACGGUAUGCGACCGCUGGGGCAAUCGCGGGGCCGAUUGUCGAACUCGAUGUGCGAACGCUGUAUCUCAAGGAUCUGAGCUUCUUCGGCUGCACAUUCCAAGACGAUGAAGUGUUCGCGAACCUCGUCUCGUACAUUGAGAAAGGGGAGAUUAAGCCUCAUAUCGGCCAGGUGUUCAAGCUCAAGGAUAUUGGGAAGGCACAAGAAGUAUUUCAAAGCAAAGCGCAGAGCGGGAAGUUGGUUUUGGAGGUUAAGUGAGGGCUGGAUAUGUACAAAGUAUCUGAAACAUGAAUGUGUACAAGCGCGCGCUGGGCUA